UUUUUUUUUUUUUUUGGCUAAUAAAAUAUAACAACAAAUAAUAUAAAAAUGGAACAAUCUACGAUCACCUAUUUAGAUCCACAUACAAUUCAAGAACUAGAAGCUUUACGAGGAAAACUAGGAUCUUUACAAGAAACUUUAUCAACACAAAUCGCUUAUCUAAAAGAACCCAAGUUUCACUUUACUUGGCCAGAUCUACUCAACAAGUUCAAUAUGUUAACUGCCAAGUUUUCCACAUUAUCUGAAGAUUUUCAUCAAUUCACUCAAACAGGCAGUACAGCCACUUUACCCAAACUCAUGUUACAUCCUUGGAACCCACCUUUAACGGAACAAGAUACCAAUAUCUUUAGUGUACUAUUACGAACCAAAUUGAUUCCUGAUAUUGAAGCAGUAGAAAAAGAAACACUUCGAACAAUGCAACAAGAAAUGCCAGAACAACAACAACAAUUACAAUUACAACAACAACAAAACUUACAACAACAACAGGAACGUCGAAUAGAUGAAGAACAAAUGAUAAAGGAUCAAUUACGUCAAUGGCAAAUGCUAAGGGAGCGACACGAUAUGUUAGCAGUAGAAGCAGCUCGUCUGACUCAAGAAUUGGCUGCAACAUAUGGAGAUAUUAUAUUACUACGAGUGGAGGAUGAUAAUGACAAGUCAAAUCAAGACCCUGAAUGGAAGCAACAAGGAUUUAGCUCAGAAGAAACUUGGAAACGAUACAAAUUGGAAUGUAUGAUGACUUUUUAUAGUAUGGGUAAAGAUGAAUUAGCUGGUAGUGAUCUUAAAUCAAAAUAAAAAGUAUAGAUAGACCAAUUUGUUUUUAUUAGUAUUUAUUUGUUUUGAUUGGGUGUCAAGGGCCAACGAUUUAUCCACUAUUAAACCG